GGCUGUAGCUUCUCAACAUAAACAAAAAUGGCGGAGGCAGCAGCAGCGUCUACGGUGGCUCCUUCAGUAACAGGAGGUUGGACAAAACAUGUAACCUGCAGGUAUUUCAUGCAUGGUCUUUGCAAAGAAGGAGACAGCUGUCGAUACUCUCAUGAUCUUUCAAGCAGCAAACCUGCAGCCAUGAUAUGCAAGUUCUUUCAGAAGGGAAACUGUGUGUUUGGAGAUCGCUGCAGGUUUGAGCACAGUAAACCCAUAAAGAAAGAGGAGCUGCCAAACACCCAGACGCUGCCGCUGGCCUCUGUCUCCCAGGCCGACCCAGCCGACCCAACCGACCCGGCUGACCCAGAACCCAGGGGCAUGUCGCCUGGGUCAGAGGCUCAGGACUGGGUCAACGCGGCAGAGUUUGUUCCAGGACAGCCGUACUGUGGACGAGCUGAGCCAGUGAAAGUGGAGAGCUCGGCCCCUCUCAUUGAGGAGUUUGACAGCGACGCAGGCCCAGACAACAAAGACCUGAGGAAGCAGCUCUGUCCAUACGCUGCUGUUGGAGAGUGUCGCUACGGAGUCAACUGUGCUUAUCUCCAUGGUGACGUGUGUGACAUGUGCGGCCUGCAGGUUCUCCACCCCAGUGACAGUUCCCAGCGCUCAGAGCACACCAAGGCGUGCAUUGAAGCUCAUGAGAAAGACAUGGAGAUUUCUUUUGCCAUCCAGCGCAGUAAGGACAUGAUGUGUGGCGUGUGUAUGGAGGUUGUGUUUGAGAAGUCCAACCCAAGCGAACGUCGUUUUGGGAUCCUCUCCAACUGCAGCCACUGCUACUGUCUGAAAUGCAUUCGCAAGUGGAGGAGUGCCAAGCAGUUCGAGAGCAAAAUUAUCAAGUCCUGUCCAGAGUGUCGAAUCACAUCUAACUUUGUCAUCCCGAGUGAGUACUGGGUGGAGGACAAAGAGGACAAGCAGAAGCUAAUCCAGAAAUACAAGGAUGGCAUGGGGAGUAAACCAUGUCGGUACUUCGAUGAAGGUCGUGGAACUUGCCCUUUUGGCUCAAACUGCUUCUACAAACACGCCUUCCCUGAUGGACGUCUAGAGGAAGCUCAGCCGCAGAGAAGACAGACUGGAUCCAAUAACAGGAACCGGAGCUCGAGGCGGACGCCACUGUGGGACAUCUUUGACGAGAGAGAAAGCACCGACUCGUUCGACAACGACGACGAGGAGAUGGUGACGUUCGAGCUGAGUGAGAUGCUUCUCAUGCUGCUUGCUGCAGGAACCGACGACGAAGUGACGGAUUCAGAGGACGAAUGGGACUUGUUUCAUGAGGAGCUCGACGAUUUCUAUGAGAUUUACCUAUAGCACCUCCCUCCUAACCCCACCACCCAUAUACUCUAGACAUUAGAAUGGACUGUCUUGUGUGAGUGAUGGACAGUAGCUUCCCCUCUGUAUUGUGGCAGUGCCUUUAAGCAGGCCAUGAAUAAUAAAUGAACUUAUAAAAACUAAAAAAAAAAAGAAAACUCCACCUCCGUGCGCUCGUGCUAAACAUUUUAUA